UUUUUUUUUGCCUCGAUUAGCUCAUGGCAUGACAUGCAUAUAGCGAAGAAAAUCUAAAUAGGGGGAAGGACUCCGAAGGAGAAAGCCCCUUUCUUAGGCAAACUCUAAACUGCCAGCCGAAGAAACUCCGUCACCUGGCAAUCAGGUGACGGGCCAAGGAACGUCAUGGCUCACUCAAACGUCUGCCCCGCCAAGGCCAACUCGUCUGUUUCUAGCACGCCUAUCACGCUUGCCACUAUCCGCCUAGGUAACCUACCUCUGUAUGUACUACUUAGUAGUACAUAGCUGCCUGCGACGACAAGAGUCACUAUCGAUACCACCGAUAUUUCAACCUUGAAUUUUUAAAUAAUCCAAUUGCGAGCCGAGCCACCUACCCCAGCUACCUCAUUACAACGAGAACAAUCCUCGAAACGACUUCAUUCAACCCACCCACCCAUCCUUUUCGCACCGCACCGUACCGCCCCCAUGAACCGCCUCUUUGGCAGCGCGCCCAAGGCGCCCAAACCCACGCUCAACAGCGCCAUCUCCACAAUCGACAGCCGGAUCUCCUCCUUCGACGUGAAGAUCGCCUCCCUCAACGCCGAGCUCGGCACCUACCAGACCAAGAUGUCCAAGAUGCGCGAGGGGCCCGGCAAGGCCGCCCUGAAGUCCAAGGCCCUGAAAGUCCUGCAGCGCCGCAAGCAGUACGAGUCGCAGCGGGACCAGCUGCAGAGCCAGGUGUGGAACAUGGAGCAGGCGCAGACGAUGCAGGACAACCUGGCCGGGGUGAUGACCACGGUGGACGCGAUGAAGACGACGCAGAAGGAGCUCAAGAAGCAGUACGGCAAGGUCGACCUCGACAAGAUCGAGCGCAUGCAGGACGAGAUGGCCGACCUCAUGGACGUCGGCAACGAGAUCAACGAGACCCUCAGCCGCGGCUACGAGGUCCCCGACGACGUCGACGAGUCGGAGCUCGACGCCGAGCUCGAGCUGCUCGGUGCCGAGAUGGAGAUGGAGGGCGUCGGCAUGGAUGCCGGUGGCGUGCCGGACUUCAUGAGGGAUGAGGUGCCAGAGUUUAUUGACGAACCGCCCGAGGCCGGUGGCAAAGUACAGGAGGCAGCGCGGUGAUACCACGAGACCAUAUGACUGCCGCUUUGGAGAGAGCAGGAGGAGUUACAGGAGUUCAUGUAAUUACGGGGUUUAGGACGACAUAUCAUUACAAAUUACAAUAUCACUAGGAAUAUCCUUUUCUAUUCA